CACUAAGGUCUUAGAAGAGUACUUACGUUGAGAAAGAGAAAAAAAAACAUAAUUUCGAAUUCGCUUUCUGGUACUAUUGUAUGCUCUGUAGAGUUCAUUAACAGGAUAUUCCAAAAUAGUCCGCAUUGUAAACUAAACUCGCAUACGAGUUCGCACGCUGUCUAAAUGAGACCUUAUCCACAUUCACUUGCCAGGACAGACUACACUCUAAACGAUUUGUAAUCUAAUGAACAGUCCCACUGAUGCAUUCACACAUUUAUGUUUUAAAAUACAUACAACAAUAGAUCAGAUUAGGUGACAAACGAAACAAAGGUGAACAGCAUAUUAUUUUUAAAACAUAUCGGCGUGCAAACAAAAGAAACAACAAUGACGUUUGUGAAAACUCUUAUUUAUUUGUAAAUAGAUCAGGCUAUAUGUAUUAAUGGCGCAGUUCAAUCAAUGCAUUAGUCUCGAGCCGUGGGAUCGAGAGCACGUUAGUCCAUAAUCCAAAUAUCUACAAUGAGUGCUCGAACAGUGUUACUUAUGUUUUUCAUUUUGUUCGCUAGUGGAUUAACAUUUCCUAUGAAAAGAAUCAAACAGAGACACGCUAACGAUCGGCCAGUUGCCUCCGUCCCAGAAUCUAACUCCAGCACUGUCACCGUCAUGGAGGUCAGUGUGUCCAAUGAAAAAGAGAAAAUCCUCGAACCUGUGGUUAACAAUGUAAAGAGAUCAGAUUCUCUUGGAGAUAGACUAUUAAACAAAGUCAAAGAAAGAUCACUAGUAAAAAUAAUCAAAAAAUCUAAGAGACCUCGAUACAAGUUGCGUGAUUCAAUUUUGGAAAAUGAUUUGUUCUCAGUUGCGGGACAGGAAGGUAACAAUAACACUGUUACAUUCCAUGAUAUAUUUAAUUCAGUGAAGCCGUCCUUGACGUUAAGCAAUACAACGGCUACCGGAGAGAACAUAUUGAACAUGGAGAAAAAAAAUGAAUUAAUUAACACAUAUCUGCCUCUAAAGUCUUUUGCCAAUGGCAGUGAAAUAGAAAUUAUUAAAAAUACUAUUCUACGCUCUAAAGCAAUAUCAAAUAUUAAACCAACGAAUAAUAUAAGCGAUAAAAGCGUCCAGUCAUCAGCGAGAAGAAACUUGAAACACCAGGUGAGGAAAUACUUUAGACUCCACAGUUCCAUUGCGAAAGAGCUCGAUGCCAGAUCCUUAAUGCCAAAACCAAAAUCAGAUAACAGUCGGAGUUCAGACAGCGAAGCUACUGCAGCACCAGCACUAAAGAUAGACAACGGCGCAUACGGUCAAACACAGGCUCCGCGAAUGCAAUCUAUAGUGCUGCGGUGGAACCUGAUACUAGUAUAAGGAAACAGUAUUCAUGAAGAAUCUUAAACUUAAAUACUCCCUCAUUUUUAUUUAAAUAUUGUUGACGUUAUAGUAGGUCUCAUGUACCUACAUAAUAUAUUUUUUUUAUUGUUGAAAUUCAAUUACGUAUCUCUUAAUGCCGCAAAAUAGACUGUCAAUGUCUUAUCAUUGUUUUUCCCUUAUGCCCUUUAUCUGGGGGAGACUGGACCCAGUAUUAACAAGGAUUUCUUAAAUUUGUCUCACAGAUAGUGCACUUCAGGUCGGGAUCAGUCAGUACCGCUCAAAACGCUGUAGAAUCGAAAUUUUAUGUGCUGUAUCACUAGAAUUUUGCUAUUUUUUUAUUGUUGUUAUUUCAUUCAUGUGACAAGACAUGUGUGUAUUUGAUGUAUUAUAGUCUAGUUUUAUUCUUAUUGCUGUUUUCUAUAUAACUUCAUAACAAGUAUCCAUGGGAUACAAAAAAAAAUGCCGGGUAAUGUAAGUCCGGUAAAACAAAAUAUAUUAAAAGUAUGAUACUUAUUGUUUAUUAUUGCUAUAAUAUAUUGCUUAAAUAAUUUAAGGAUUAGUCGAGUUUUGUUGUUCCAAUUAAGAGGUUUUGUCUCUUUACAUUAAUUAUACUGCUAUUUAGUUCUUAACAUUUUUACAACAUAUUAGGUUUGAUAUAAUUGUUUAACAUAAUGAUAAAAUGCGUUUUUAAGGUUUCAUAAUUUUAAUUUGCUAUGGGUAUAUAAAUCACACACGCUGACAGAUUAGUAAAAUAACAAAAGUAGAAAAAGAUUGUAAGGAAAAUUACGUUUCAACCCUAUGUGGGGUUGUCGUUGGAUUGGUAUUUCAAAAAGCUUACCCUAUCUCGCUUAAACAUAGAAAAAAGCAAUUCGUAAAAGAUUACUCUUCUUAGUAAAAACACUUUAAUGUGCGGCAAAGAUACUCCCAUCUACUUGUUAUGUACAUAAUGUUAACUAAUAGCUCGCAAACUGUCUAAUGUAACGGAUGGGUACUUACAGAACCCUACAAUGAGCAGCCAUUAAAAAAAACAGUUACCCCAGAAAAGUAAGAUUAUUUCACUUCACGAUUAAGGGUAAGAGUUAUUUCACUUUUUUUUUUAUAAAUUCGACAUUCUGAAAAAAGUUACUACAUUUUUGUCCAUAGCAUACGGUUAUUUCACGGUUUGGACGUGUUACAAUCAACAUUUUAGGUAUUAUCAAGUUAAAAUAAUAAUAAUAAUGCAAACCCUGGUCCCCCUAAUAAUAUUGAAUUGUUCUCUUACAUUUUGAGAUUUUAAGUAUGUUUUGACCAUCUUAAACCUGACUAGGACCUAUAUUUUGAAUUUUAAUUCGUAUAAUUUGACGCGUAGCAAAUUAUAAUGUAAUUCAAAGAAGGAGUAAUCAGAACGUAUAGGUACAAUCUAUUAAAGUGUUGAGUUUGCUUUUACAUUAAAAGCUAACAUUAACAAUCGAUAGAUUUUAUGUUAACCAUAACACAAUACCUAUGUAAUUAGUAAAUGGAACAACUAAUGUCUGCAAAAUCGAUGACGUCUGUGCAAAUAAAUCUACAUUUUUUUAUUUGA